CUCUCGCUCCCAUUCUCGCCAUCAUGUCCCCCCCCUAUCAAAGCGUCCUUCGGCGCUGUGUCUGCGCCGCCAGAUCAUCGCCGCCCUACUUCCGUCCCUCCGCUACCACCCUCGCUCAGCACAAGACCUCGCGGAGAUGGCAGACCACCGAGGCCGCACCUAGCAACCCCAAGAUCGCGACAAUUGUGGAUCAGAUCAGUCAACUGACGUUAUUGGAGACUGCGGACCUUGUGUCGAGCCUGAAGUCACGCCUCAACAUCCCCGACUUGCCCGUGGGUGGUAGCUUCGGUGGCGGAGCUGCGCAACCAGCUGCCGUAGCAGCCCCAGUGGAAGAGGAGGACGCGGCACCGGCCGUGCAGGAGAAAACGCUCUUCACCCUGAAGCUUCAAUCGUUCGAUGGGGGCGCGAAACCAAAGGUCAUUAAGGAGGUCAAGGCGAUGCUAGGAUUGAGUUUGGUGGACAGCAAAAAGUUCGUGGAGAGCGCGCCGAAGGUGAUGAAGGAGGGUGUACCAAAGGAGGAGAGCGAGAAGAUGAUAGCGGCGUUUAAAGCGCUAGGAGCUGUCGUUGUGAUGGAGUAAAUAACGAGUCGCAUACCUCUGGCGAGGGGACGUUGAUGUACUUGUAUGGGAGUGUGUUGGCAUUGUACAAAUAUGGUUUCGAGAUUCUUGAAUGUGUUCAAAAGCAUAGAAUGAAUACCUAGGGUGCUCUGCAUGGUAUCUCCGUCCCUGAAAGACUCCUUUUCUCCGUCCUGAUGCGUCCAACCAAACGCCGACCAGUGAAAAUAACCGCCCAAUACGCUAGCAAGAUUCCAGGUUUCAUCCAUAUUCCACAGUUUGUCUUCGCUCAGCCGCGUCUUCUUCUGCAGCUAGGUAAUCAUCCUCUCCAAUGUCACUCCCGUCGUCCCACAUCUUCUCAAAUUCAGCAUCGUCAU